GUAUUUUGAACUCCCGUUGGGCAUAGAGAAGGGAGAGUAACGGGUGUGCGGUAAAAAUGUCUUCUACGUGUGACUUUGUUGUGCUCCACACUGGGCAGAAGAUGCCUCUUAUAGGACUGGGCACCUGGAAAAGUGAACCUGGCCAGGUGAAGGAGGCAGUGAAGUAUGCUCUCGGUGCAGGUUAUCGUCACGUUGACUGUGCUACAGUUUACAGCAAUGAAGCAGAGAUAGGUGAAGCCUUCCAGGAGAGCGUCGGGCCAGAUAAGCCUGUUAAGAGGGAGGAGCUAUUUGUGACAUCGAAACUAUGGAAUACCAAGCACCACCCAGAAGAUGUGGAGCCAGCCUUAAAGAAAUCUCUGAAAGAUCUGAAACUGGAUUACCUGGAUCUGUAUCUCAUGCACUGGCCACAUGCCUUCGAACGAGGAGAUACUCUUUUCCCAAAGAACCCUGAUGGCAUGAUGCGUUUUGACUACACUGACUACAAGGAAACUUGGAAGGCUAUGGAGAAGCUGGUGGAGAAAGAUCUGGUGAAGGCCAUUGGACUGUCCAACUUCAACAGCCAUCAGAUUGAUGACAUCCUCAGCAUGGCUGCUAUCAAACCAGCUGUACUACAGGUGGAGUGUCAUCCCUACCUUGCUCAGAAUGAGCUAAUAGCUCAUUGUAAUAAGCGAGGGCUGGUAGUAACGGCAUACAGUCCCCUUGGCUCUCCUGAUCGAAUGUGGAAGCACCCCGAUGAACCAGUACUUCUAGAAGAAUCUGGGAUAAAAAAACUGGCAGAAAAAUAUGGCAAAUCACCUGCUCAAAUCCUCCUCAGGUGGCAAGUGCAGCGUAAAGUGGUUACCAUUCCCAAGAGCGUCACUCCGGCCCGCAUUCUGCAAAAUCUCCAGGUGUUUGACUUUAAUCUCACAGGAGAAGAGAUGGAUCACAUUGGAAGCCUGAAUAAAAACUGGCGAUACAUUGUGCCAAUGGUUACAGUGAAUGGAAAACUAGUAGCAAGAGAUGCUGGACACCCCCUUUAUCCUUUCAAUGUCCCCUAUUAACUACAGUAAAUUGGGUGUUAGAAUAGGACUCCGUGCAC